AUGAACGCAUUCUUCCAACAGAGGGUAGCAGAGCUGCUCGUCUCCUUGGAACAGGCAGCGGACAGCUUUCAGCCCAGCGAAGAAGCAGAAUGGGUUGCCACGAAGUGGGAAGGAUUUGUGCGGCCCACAGAUGUGUCGAACAGUCACCCUACCGGUGUGGACAUCGAGCUUCUGAGAAAGAUUGGAGAACGGCUUUGCUACACUCCAGAGGGGUUCAAGGCGCAUGCGGGAUUGAAGCGACAGCUCAAGAAGAAGAUGGAGGACAUCGAGACCGGGGAGACCAUUGACUGGGCUACGGCAGAAGCUUUGGCCUUCGGCACGCUGCUUCUGGAGGGCAAUCACGUCCGCGCGUUUGUCACAGAUCGUCAAAGGCUGUCACUCCAAAGCCACUCAUACCGGAGCACACAGGCGCCUCCCCGCACGGCCUUGGAGCUUUUGAAGUUGGGGGUCACAGAACUCGCCAUAGACAAGCUGUUGCAAGACGACUUGCCCAAAUGGCGCCGCAAGCCCAAAGAGGCGACAGGGGUGCUGAAUGCAUUGGCAGAACGGGGUCUCGCCACGACGGCCCUGCAUGUGCUAAAGACCAUGAACCGUCACAAGGUUCCCAUCAACACCUUCCACCUAAACGUGGCCAUCAAGGCAGCUCGCAGGUCCAAAGACUGGCGGAUGGCAUUUCAACUCUUGGAGACUGCAGCAGGGAUGAAAGUGGUCCCUGACCGCAUCUCUUUCAACUCAGUAAUCAGCGCCUGCAACGUUCAGAGCGCCUGGCAUGCCGGCUUGAACCUUUUAGUGGAGAUGAAGGCGGCAUUCAUAAGACCAAAUGAAAUCACCUACAGCUCGGCCAUCAGCAUUUGCGAUGCUUCUGCGUGGCCGGUUGCGCUGCAACUCUUGGCGGAGAUGCUGGAGGUGCAGCUUCAGCCGUAUGUGCCAGCCUUCAAUGCUGCCAUCACCUGCUGCGGUACUGCACAGCAUUGGGAGCGUGCGAGUUUGUUGCUGCAGAAGAUGAAGGAAGCCAGAGCCCAGGCAGAUGUCAUCAGCUGCAACGCUGCAAUCACUGCAUGUGAAAAGGCCAGUGAAUGGCAAGCAGCACUGGCAACCCUCUUUGGGAUGGAAACUUCAAGCGGAGUUCUGCCGGACACAGUGAGCUUCAACGCUGCAUUGAGUGCUUGCGAUGAGGCUUGCCGUUGGCAAGAUGGGCUGCAGUUAUUCCACUUGAUGCAGACAAAGCCAGACAUCAUCAGCGUGAACGCAUUGCUCAGUGCGUUAGCCCGAGCAGGUGAGUGGUCCAAAGCGAUUCUGCUUUUUGAGUCUGUGCCUGGCCAUUCUCUACAUGCAGAUGUUUACACCUUCAAUUCCGUCAUCGCUGCUUGUGCCAAAGCUGGUUUGUGGCGGAUGACUUUUCAACUCAUGGAGGACAUGGGCACUGCCCGCGUGACAUCUUCUGUAGUUAGCUGCAACUCUGCCAUCACAGCCUGUGACAAAGCCGGCCAAUGGGAGAGAGCUUUGCACCUUUUUACGAGUUUGCCAAGGCGCAAGCUUUCUCCCGACCAGCUGAGUUUCCACUCCCUGAUUAGUGCAUGCGAUCAGGCCUCCCAGUGGCAGUGGGCUCUUUCUUUUGCCACUUCCCAGCCGUCGGCAGUUGGGUUUUCUGCAGCAAUCACAGCUUGCUCGCGAGGUGAUCACUGGGAACGAGCCCUGCAAUUGUUCCACAAGAUGCCUAGCAUUUUGCUGCAAGCGGAUGUAGUGACCUAUGGAGCUGCCAUCAAUGCAUGUAGAGAUUGGCCUCAAGCCCUGCACCUCCUUGAGAAGAUGAAACAGGUGCUUCAACCCAAUCAGAUUUGCAUAAGUGCUGCCAUUGCAAUCGUUGCAUCCUGCCGCGGGCCUUGGGCUGUGGCAGUGGAGCUGCUUUCCGCCGGUCAGCCUUCCAAUGAAGUAGGGUAUGGAGCUGCCAUUCGAGCAUGCGAAGCUUCUGGCCAGUGGGAAUGCGCGCUGCAGUUGCUGAACGAUAUGUGCAAGCAAAGCUUGCAGACGACAAGCAGCACUGCUGCCAUGCUGGUUUGCAGCAGGGCAGGACGAUGGCAGGAGGUACUUGUUUUGGCCACGCAGCCUUGUAGCUCGAUGGAGGCUGUGGACCAAAGUACAGCUCUAGGCACAGCUUUGAUGGAGUGUGAGCAGAGGAGCUCGGUAGGUGCUGAGCGCCAGCUGCUACGGUCUCUAUCGGCUGUCGCACCUGGUGCGCGGGUGGCGCUGCAAAGCUCGGCGCGGCUGCGGCGCACGCCAGGUGCUGGACCACUACGUGGAAUCCUGUCGCACCUUGCAGAUGCGAAGAAGGAGAUGCUGCCGUAUCAUCAGGCAGUCUCCAUGCUUAAGUACGUCAUAGACAAGGCCACACCCUGCGAUGUGGAUGGCAUUUUGCUGGCUUUAGAUGACUUUGGCGAGGACUUGGGCUGGGCAAAGUUUGCCGGUGGAUCCAAGGGUGCGACCAUGGUAGCUGCUUUGUGCACCUCAGCUUUAAAGGCGUGGCCGGGUGAACUCAACUAUGAGCACACAUCGAAUUGCAAAUCCUUGCCUGCGCCCGAUGAUUGUUUGGAUCUGUUUGGUCUUUACCAGAAGCAUUCCGGUGUUUUGGAGAUCGGCACUUAUUGGGGCACGUCCUGCCUUCGAGUGGCUCACGCGCUGGGCAAUGUACCCAUUACGACUUUGGAGUUGGACCCAGUGCAUGAAGAGGAUUUGGAACUUCUUCAUCGACAUAACUUGCUCAAAAGUCCGGGGGCAGUGCUAGUGGCUGACAACGUGCUCUCGACAGCUGCAGUUGGUCUUCUUUGGCGAACUGGCAGAGGUCAGGUGCAUGGCGGGGAUGGCCUGCAGUACACAUCCCAGAUGGUAGCUGUACAAGAGGUGGUUGACAAGUCCGAGGACUGGGUGUCGAUCUCCGUGGGCGGUGCCAAUUCUGUGUCGGUGGCACCGCUGCCAGAGCCGCUGAUGGAGCUCCAGCGGAGAUCCAGCUGUCUCCGGCAGCGAAUCGUGGGAGCCAACGGCAGGGAGGUGGCGGAAGUGGAAAUGCCGCGCUUUUGCCAAGAGGCACGUGAAGCGCUUCAGAUGGCUUUGGCGACCCCUCCUGGCACAGGGAUCCAGGGGCUUCACUGGGGUGCAGUGGUUGCUCAAGAGGCAUCACCGGGCAAGAUGUUCAGCGUGGAACUUUUGCUCAUCGACACUGCGCCGGGUGCCACGAGGUCGACUUUGAUCAUCCGCAUGAUUUUGACGUGUUUUAUCCACUUCUCGGUGCAUAGGAUGGCUCAUGUGAUCAAGGACCAGGCUACUGGCGAGGAUUGGUGUGUCAUGGCCAGAAGGCUUCCUCCAGAACUUGGAUCUUGGGCCACAGGUUCUCUUAAGUUUUUCCCGGUGCUCCUCAUUGGGAUCUUUCUUCCUCGUUUGAUUGGCGGUGCUAUUGCGGUGGCCAUUUUCCAAAAGGGCAACACGGCGCUGUACAAUGAGAACAUGGAGAGCCUUGCGAAGGGGGAGCACGGCUACUUGUACGCUGCAGCGGCUGUGUUUGGUGUCAUGGUCUCCUGGGUGAACCAAUUUCCAAUGCUGUACAAGCACAAGGUGAUGCGUAUCAACUCUGGAAACCUGCGCGCGAAUAUGAUGAUUUACAAAGAACUUGGUGCCAAAGAAGAUGCACCAUACAUUGGGCUGGAAACAGAAGGGCCUGUCGGGUGCUACAACAGGGCAAACCGCUCCCUGUUCCACUUCACUGAGAACUCUUUGGCCUUUGCUGUAUGCUUGGUCCUUGCUGGCAUCAUUUUCCCGCUUCCAGUUUUAGCCUUGACCACGGCAUUUGCAGUGGGAAGAAUGAUGCAUCAGAUUGGUUAUGCUACUGCUGGCUAUGGGGGCCAUGCCUUGGGCCAUGUGAUUUCUUUGGCUGCGGAUAUGACCAUUCAGUGUCGCAGAUCAUCAGGGUGGAGCUGUGAGAUGAAUGGCAAGAUCAUAGGCCCUGGGGCAUUCCUAGCAACAUCUAGCAACAACAGUUUCCUUCUUCCAGUUUACUGCGCCCAUGAGGAGAACUUCAUUGCAAGAAACUCCAUCUUGGCAGAGUAUGCAGUGGUUGGAUUUGAGCUGGGGUACAGUUAUGAAAAUCCCACCGCCCUGGUACUUUGGGAGGCGCAGUUUGGUGACUUUGCAAACACCGCGCAGGUCAUGACCGAUCAGUUCAUCUCCGCAGGGGAGCACAAAUGGCUGCAGCAGUCAGGUCUGGUGAUGCUCCUUCCACACGGCUACAUGGGCCAGGGCGCAGAGCAUUCCUCGUGUCGUAUAGAGCGGUUCCUACAACUCUCUGAUGACGAUGAGGAUGACAUUCCAGAUUUCGAAGACGGCUUCGGCAGACGCCAAGUGCAGCGGGCCAACUGGCAGGUCAUGAACCUGUCCACGCCAGCCAACUACUUUCAUGCCCUGCGCCGGCAGCAGCAUCGAGAUUUCAGGAAACCCAUGGUGGUGGCGUCUCCGAAGAAUCUGUUCCGGUUGCGUCAGUGUGUGAGCCCUUUGUCAGACAUGGAGUUGGACACCCGUUUCCAGCGCCUGAUCGGCGAGAGGGAUCCUGAAAUCGAUGCAAACCACGACAAGGUUGAUCGUUUGGUGUUCUGCAGUGGGAAGAUCUACUACGAGCUGGUCGCUGAGAGAGAACGGUUGGGUCUCAAGAAUGUGGCUAUCAUUACCCUGGAACAGCUGGCCCCGUUCCCUUUCGAUCGUGUCAAGGAGGUCAUGGAGAAGUACAAUCACGUAGAUGUGGGCGAUGGAGUUCAUCCAGGGCAGCUCAUUUGGUGCCAGGAAGAGCCAAAGAACAUGGGCGCUUGGUCCUAUGUGCGGCCCCGCUUUGUCACCACUGCUCGAGAGGGCUUCCAUCAGGACUUGGUGAUGCGAUACAUCGGGCGGCGGGCAGCCGCUUCUCCAGCCACUGGGUAUCCAAAGCUGCACAAUGCAGAACAAGAGGCGAUUCUCCGAGAGGCUCUCCUGGGCACUUCAGAUGCCAGAGCAGAAGACAAUUUCUCGGUGCAGCGGCCCUCCUCACUUCUUGGGCAUCAAACCUGA